AAGAAGAGGAGCUCCAUACACACCAUAAUCCUCUCUCCCAAAACCAACCCCCAUCAACCCAACACCCACACGCCCCCCGCCGCCGCGCCGCUUCUCUCUCUAUAGAACUGUAACUUGCAAGAAACCUCUCUUAUACGAUGUUGCCACCCACUUCUGUUGUAGCGGUCUUGGUAUAGCAAAACUGGAGUGACUACUGCAAGUUUAAAUCGAUGGCCACUCAGGCACCUAACGGAUCAAAGGGUACAAUUGGGCUGAGUAAGUAUACUUAUAAAGAGCUAGCAAAAGCAACUGGCAAGUUCUCCAACCAGUUCCACCUUGGCGAGGGUGGUUUUGGUCAAGUCUUUUGGGCUUUCCUAGACGAUGAAAUCCGUGCUAUCAAGAAACUAAGGUAUCUUCCCGAUGUACAGAAAGAAGAAUUGGAGCACGAGAUCAGGGUCAUUAGCAGUGUCAGUCACAAAAAUCUUGUUAAACUGGUUGGAUACUGCAUUGACGGAGCCAAUGGAUUGCUUGUUUUAGAGUAUCUUCCCAAUGGGUCCUUGAAGUCUCAUUUACAUGGAAAAAACAUUUUAGAUUGGUCAAAAAGAAUCGAUAUCGCCAAAGGCUGUGCUCUUGGAUUAGAAUAUCUGCACAAUCACUGUGAGCGAACCCCCAUCAUACACCAAGAUAUCAAAUCAGAUAAUAUUCUUCUUAAUAAAAAUUUUAAACCAAAGCUUGCAGAUUUCGGACUUGCCUUGUACUUUCCGGAUAGUAUUACUCAUCUUUCUAGAACGAUUAAAGGGACUGAAGUUUAUAUGGAUCCAGAAUAUUCUGGAAAGGUUUCUACUAAGUCAGAUGUCUACUCUUUCGGUGUGGUACUUCUAGAGUUGAUUACGGGGAGAGAACCUUUACAUGAAGGCGUUAAAAUCGUUGAUUGGGCAAAGACUCGAAUUACGCAGGCUUUGAAAGGAGAUUAUAAGGACUUUGUUGAUGUCAGAUUGCAAAAGUAUGAUAAAGGAGAAAUGGAAAAAAUAAUAUAUUGUGCCAAAGGUUGUGUAUAUAACCCACCAGAGUUUCGUCCAUCAAUGAGAGAGAUUGUUCGAUUUCUUGAAGGAGCUAAGCUUGAAAAGAAUUUAUGGAUUGAGAAGAUUGAUAACGAAAUGCGACGCAGUACUAUAAAUAGAGAUGCUUCAUCGAGUGGCAUUGAGAGGCUCGAAAUUCACAAGCCGGAAAUAUUUACUUAUGAACAACUAACAAAGGCGACUGAAGGUUUCUCCAUGAAAAACCUUCUUGGCAAGGGUAGUUUAGGUCAAGUUUAUAAGGGAUACCUAAUCAAUCAUGAGGUGACAGUCAAGAAAUUUUCACAUAUGCCUCGAAAGCAAGAAGAUGCGUUCGAGAAAAUGAAAGCCAUUUGUAGUAGCGUCCAUCACAACAAUCUUGUUAAGCUGAUUGGAUACUGCGAUGAAGGAGGCAAUAAACUACUUGUUUUUGAGUUCGUUUCAGAGGACAAAUCCUUGAGAUCUCAUUUACAUGCAGGAAAUGCGAGAUCAACGGUGGAUUGGCCAACCAGAAUGGAGAUCGCCUUAGGCAUUGCAAAAGGAUUGGUAGAUCUACAUGAACAAUAUAAACGUUGGAACAUAUACGAGCAUUUCAAGGAUGAUAGUAUCUUUCUUGACGGAAAUUUUCAAUUAAAGUUUGCAGAGUAUGGACGUGCCAAGUUUCUCUCAACAUAUGUUGGUUUUACGCCUUCUACAUAUGCCAAGACCGAUGUUUAUUUCUUUGGUGCAAUUCUUUUGGAGCUAAUCACUGGAAAGCAACCUAAUGAUGACAUUAGCAUAGUUGAAUGGGCGGAAUCUGUGCCCGGAGAUCGUUUGCUGCAUGGCGAGUAUGAUUUUGUUGACAAGAAAUUGCAGAACAAUUUUGAUGAAAAUAAAAUGAUUCGAAUGAUUAAAUGCGCUUUAGCCUGUGUACGUCGUUUCCCUCAAGAGCGACCACAAAUGAGUCGGGUGGUGGAAGUUUUAGCAGGGAACAUUAAUCCAGAAUAUCUCUAGAGUGGAGAACAACAAUUUAUAAAAAAAUAAAUAUGUACUUAUAGUUAUCUUCUGAUGGUCCCUUUAAAUCAAAGACAUACCGUUGCGGGAGCCUUCUUCCUCA